AUGGCAACAGUCGACACUGCCGCGUUAGUGGCCAGCCACCCCGAUCAUCAGGGAAUGCUUCGUGGAUGUGUUAUCUUUCUCACAUUGCUUGGCUUGUUUUUUGUUGGUUUGCGACUAUGGGUACGAUUCUUCAAGAAACGAUCUCAUGGGUGGGAUGAUUAUUGGAUCAUUGCGGCAGCUGCAUCAAGCAUCGUGUCGCUCUCGCUGAGUAUGGCCAUGACGUCGCAUGGUUAUGGAAAUUCCAUGUACACACUGUCAGCUUCUGACAGGAUCAAUGCUCUAAAAUUCUCAAAUUUCUCCAUAUUUGUGAACGGUUUCAACAUGGCUUUCCUCAAGAUCAGUAUUGGGGCAGCCUUACUCCGUAUAGGUCUCGGCAAAACCAUGUAUGUGAUGAUCUGGGUUGCCAUCGUCCUGUCCAUUUUAUGCAACGCAAUGGUCAUCCCGGGGACUUUCUUCCAGUGCCGGCCGAUGGAAGCGAUCUGGAACAAAGGGCUACCAGUAGGAUCAUACACAUGCUGGUCAAAAUCAUUCAGCGUUGUGGCUUCGUAUAUACAGACAGCCGGCAACAUUGUGACAGAUUUGUUCUUCACCAUUGGACCUCUCAUCUACCUAUCAAAAAUCAAAGUAUCGGUAUACAACAAAUGGGCUCUUCGCGGCGUCUUCGUGCUCGGCCUGUCUGCCUCGGCAUGUGCGAUCGCCAAGUGCUGGGAGUUGCCCAAGCUGGCAACGACUCAAGACCCAACAUGGGACGGAGUGAACCUGACCAUCUGGGCGCGCGCCGAGUUCAACUCGGGCCUGAUCGGCGCCUGCGCACCGUCGCUAAAGUCCAUCUUCGAGCAAUUCCUCCACGACGUCGUCGGCAUCCGAUCGCUCAAGAGCUCGACGCCGUCCGGGACGCCCGGAUACGGCGGCUACGGGCCCGGCUCGUACAAAUUGUCGCGGAUGAGCCGGCACAACGGGCGCGCCCACGCCCAAAAGCUGCCUGGCGAGGAGGAAGAGGCCAUGCCCAGCCACCACCGGGGCCACUUCGUCUCCGCCACUGGGGGCAAGACGGCCACGGAUUCUGACAGCAUCGAAGAAGAGGAUCAGAAACACAUACUGAAGAACUCACACGCACGGAGCGUGGAUAUAGAGUCGAAUGGCAGCGAUGGCGGGUAUAGGAGCCCGAGUGGCGUUAGUGGCAAUAACUGGAUCACCAAAACGGUCGAGUACGGGGUUAAACCAGAUUCCAGUUCUAUCAACCAUGCUUCUUGA